GGUUUGUAAUGAUAGGGCAGCAGCAAUCGCAGCAACAACAGUGGUAGUGCAAGGACGUGGAGAACUGAGAGCGCCAUGAACACACAGGUGUUCCUCAGUCGUAAUUAGAUAGUUGUGAAGGAUAAAAUACACCUGAGUUCUUACCUGUGCUCAUAAUAGCACUGAGGGAGAGACAGUUUGAAAGCCAAGAGGAGGAAUCAGUCACACUGUAAGAGCCACUAAAGUUAAAAGUUUUUGUUUUCUUUCUCUUUGCGGUAUUUUUCCCCUGGGUGUCACUACAAUGGUCCGAAAACCUGGUGUGUCCACUAUCUCCAAAGGGAAUUAUCUGCAGGGAAAUGUGAGCGGGAGACUGCCUUCCAUGGGCAGCAGUAAGGAACCCGCUGGGCAGGAGAAAGUGGUGCUCAAGAAGAAAAUCACCUUACUGAGGGGAGUCUCCAUCAUCAUUGGCACCGUCAUCGGAGCGGGGAUCUUCAUCUCUCCCAAGGGCGUGCUCCGCAAUACCGGCACCGUGGGCAUGUCUCUGGUCGUCUGGACCGUCUGCGGGAUCCUGUCCCUGUUCGGAGCCUUGUCCUAUGCUGAACUGGGAACAAGUAUAAAGAAAUCUGGUGGUCAUUACACAUAUAUUCUGGAAGUCUUUGGUCCAUUACUAGCUUUUGUGCGAGUUUGGGUCGAACUGCUCAUAAUACGCCCUGCUGCAACUGCUGUGAUAUCCCUGGCAUUUGGACGCUACAUUCUGGAACCAUUUUUUAUUCACUGUGAAAUUCCUGAACUUGCAAUCAAGCUGAUUACAGCUGUGGGAAUAACUGCAGUGAUGGUCCUAAAUAGCAUGAGUGUCAGCUGGAGUGCCCGGAUCCAGAUUUUUCUAACCUUUUGCAAGCUCACAGCAAUUCUGAUAAUUAUAGUCCCUGGAGUUAUGCAGUUAAUUAAAGGUCAAACACAGCACUUUAAAGAUGCCUUUUCAGGGAGAGAUGCGAGUCUUAUGGGGCUGCCCCUGGCUUUUUACUAUGGAAUGUAUGCAUAUGCUGGCUGGUUUUAUCUAAAUUUUGUUACUGAAGAAGUAGAAAACCCAGAGAAAAAUGUCCCCCUUGCAAUCUGCAUAUCCAUGGCCAUUGUCACCAUUGGCUAUGUGCUCACAAAUGUGGCCUACUUUACAACCAUCAGUGCUGAGGAGCUGUUGCUUUCAAAGGCAGUGGCGGUGACAUUUUCUGAGCGGCUCCUGGGAAAUUUCUCAUUAGCAGUUCCGAUCUUUGUGGCCCUCUCCUGCUUUGGUUCCAUGAAUGGUGGUGUGUUUGCUGUCUCGAGGUUAUUCUACGUCGCGUCUCGAGAGGGUCACCUUCCAGAAAUCCUCUCCAUGAUCCAUGUCCACAAGCACACUCCUCUGCCAGCUGUUAUUGUUUUGCAUCCUUUAACAAUGAUCAUGCUUUUCUCUGGAGAUCUCAACAGUCUUCUGAAUUUCCUCAGUUUUGCCAGGUGGCUUUUUAUUGGGCUGGCAGUUGCAGGACUGAUUUAUCUGCGCUACAAACGCCCAGAUAUGCAUCGUCCUUUCAAGGUACCACUGUUCAUCCCAGCUUUAUUCUCAUUCACCUGUCUCUUCAUGGUGGCGCUUUCCCUUUAUUCGGAUCCGUUUAGUACAGGAAUAGGUUUUGUCAUCACUCUGACCGGCGUCCCUGCCUACUAUCUCUUUAUAAUAUGGGACAAGAAACCCAAGUGGUUUAGAAAAAUGUCAGACAAAAUGACCAGAACAUUACAGGUACUGCUGGAGGUUGUACCUGAAGAAGACUGCCACAAAGAAUGA